UUUCGCUCAGCUUGUUAAUUCAUAGAUUAAUCACAGCAGAGAGACCAAAAAUGAGGCAGUUGUCUACAAAGGCUACGUGCAACUCUCACGGGCAAGAUUCCUCAUACUUCCUGGGGUGGCAGGAGUACGAGAAGAACCCGUACGAUGAGGUUCGGAAUCCAAAAGGGAUCAUUCAGAUGGGUCUUGCGGAGAAUCAGCUCUCCUUUGAUCUUCUCGAGUCGUGGCUUACUGAGAACCCGGACGCUGCGGGGUUCAAGAGAGGUGGAGAAUCCAUUUUCAGAGAGCUUGCUCUCUUCCAAGACUAUCAUGGCCUCCCCGACUUCAAAAAGGCAUUGGUAGAAUUUAUGGCGGAAACCAGAGGAAACAAAGUGAGCUUUAAUCCCAACCACUUAGUUCUCACCGCCGGCGCAACUUCUGCUAACGAGACACUCAUGUUUUGCCUGGCUGAAGCCGGCGAAGCCUUUCUCCUUCCAACGCCAUACUACCCUGGAUUUGAUAGAGAUCUCAAGUGGCGAACCGGGGUUGAGAUUGUACCGAUACACUGCACUAGCUCCAAUGACUUCCAAAUUACUGAAUCGGCUCUUGAAGAAGCCUAUCAAGAAGCACACAAACGUAAUCUUAGAGUCAAAGGUGUGUUGGUCACCAACCCAUCAAAUCCAUUGGGCACCACAAUGAGUCGAAGUGAACUGAACCUCCUCAUUAACUUCAUUACCGCCAAAAACAUCCAUCUCAUAAGCGAUGAAAUUUAUUCCGGCACCGUUUUUAGGUCUCCAGGCUUUGUAAGCGUCAUGGAAGUUCUAAAGGACAGAAACUGUGACAACACCCAAGUCUGGAACCGCGUUCACAUUGUCUAUAGUCUUUCAAAGGAUCUGGGCCUACCUGGUUUUCGUGUCGGAGCAAUCUACUCCAACGAUGAGAUGGUCGUCGCCGCGGCGACCAAAAUGUCUAGCUUUGGCCUUGUUUCUUCCCAAACUCAGUAUCUUCUCUCCGCAUUGCUUUCCGACAAGAAAUUCACGAAAAAUUACCUCUCCGAGAACCAAAAAAGGCUUGAACAACGACAUAAAAUGCUUGUUAGGGGCCUCCGAAAGGCCGGUAUUAGCUGCCUUGAGAGCAAUGCAGGAUUAUUUUGCUGGGUAGACAUGAGGCACCUCUUGCGCUCCAACACGUUCGACGCCGAAAUGGAUCUUUGGAAGAAAAUUGUUUACGCUGUCGGCUUAAACAUCUCUCCUGGACAUUCCUGCCACUGCGCCGAACCGGGCUGGUUCCGUGUCUGCUUUGCUAACAUGUCCGAAAAGACUUUGAACCUCGCCAUGCAACGACUCAAGGCCUUUGUCGUCGACUCCACGGCCAAACUCAACAAUCACCAUUCUUCCAAGAACUCCAAAAGAAAGUCAAGCCCUAAAUGGGUUUUCCGGCUAUUGUCUCGUGACUGUCACCGUGACCGCGAGUCCGACGAGCGAUAGUCUGGUGUGACUUAAGAGUACUAUAUUUAUCCACUUUCAAAU